GACAUAGGCACUGUACAUCAAAGCGUCACAGCAUACUUUUCCGGCAUCAUGGUCGAACAAUCUCUUACAUCUUUUACGUUUUUCAAUGUUGCGGUAGCAGAUUCUUCCAUUCCAUCUUUCACCACAGACGAUGUUUGGCGGAUAGCCACAUUUGCACUUCCCUCUUUUGUUACUUUGUCUUUUAUUCUGCUCACAAUUUGGGAAUACCAAUCAUGGAGAAGACUGUCCCACAUUCCAGGUCCACCCGCUGCGCAUUUCACAAUUUUGUGGUUGCUGAAACAUGCGUGGGUGGGAAACUUGUUCCCGUCCAUGGUUGACGCGGGGAACAAAUAUGGCGAUCUCGUUCGCAUUGGGCCCAACCUUCUGCUCUGCUCAGAUCCGGAUGAGCUUAGGAGGAUAUCAGGCAUUCGGACCAAAUACACCAAAGGACCGGCUUACGACGCUGGACGUGUGACAGAGGGUGAUCCUCACGUGGCUUCGCAGCGCGACCCUGCCAGACACAAGGCGUUGAGGGCCAAGAUGGGCACUGCCUACUCUGUUGACGUACAGCCCGUCAUUGAUCGCCAAAUCUCCAAAUUGAUUGAUCUCAUCGAUAGAAAGUACGCCACAAAUCGCACAUCCACCAACCCCACCGCAGAAGGUCGCCGAAACGAGACCUCUGCACGAAUCAUGAAUUUCGGCGAGAAAAUGCACUUCUACGCUCUCGACUGCCUGGGCGCAUUUGCCUUCGGUGAGCCCUUCGGCUUCCUUCAGAAAGACGAGGACAUCAACCGUAUGACCCAAAUUAACGACCUCUCCUUGCGCAUGGUCACUGUCGCCGGCCUCGUCCCCUGGUUAUCCGGCUUGCGCACAAUGUGGCCAUUCCGCUGCCUCGUUCCCAAAGAAGGCGACAAAGUCGGCUUCGGCAUCCUUUUCGGCUUCGCAAAGAACCUCGUCGACCGAAGGACCGCCCCUGAUGCCAAACCCAAGAACGACAUGAUGCAGGAAUUCAUCCGCAGCGGAAUGACCCGCGAUGAACUGAUGCAGCAAGUCUACAUCCACAUCAUCGCCGGGUCCGAUACGACGUCGAACUGGUCGCGCAUGGUCAUGCUUUGCUUGUUAACCUGCCCACCCGCAUAUAUGGCGCUCCAGCAGGAAAUCGAUGCUGCCACAGCUUCGGGCGCGCUGAGUUACCCCACAGCGACAGAUGCUGAGAGUCGCUCGUUGUCCUACCUGGACGCCGUGCUCCGCGAGGCAAUGCGCAUGCACCCGCCCUCGGUUUCGCCAUCGAAGCUGUCACCCGAGGGGGUCGACACUGUAUGCGGAUACGCAGUACCCGGCGGCACUCAGAUCGGCGCCAACGUCCCCGGCGUGUUGAGGUCGCAAGCAGUAUUCGGCCCUGACGCGGACUGUUUCCGUCCGGAGCGUUGGCUAGAGGCCGCCGAAGAAGAGGAUGGCUAUAGGCUCAGCCGUAUGAAGUCAACACUUGCGCUUGUAUUCGGUGCUGGCAAAUUCCAGUGCAUGGGGACGCACAUUGCAUAUAUGGAAGUGCGGAAGUUGUUUGUGGAGUUGAUGCGGAGAUUUGAUUUUGCGAUUGUCGAUAACAAGAGACCACUCCACGUUGAGUCGCUGGCCAUUAUGGUCGUACAUGACUUCAAUGUUAGAAUUACACGGCGGACAAGAUUUCCUAUGUUAGAUAGAGAGGAUGCGGAGGCUUAGACUGUAUGGUCGGAUUUCCUUUUAGAUACCCAAUUCAUCACGAGAUAUUCAGAC